UUUCCCUCUUCUUUGAGGCAACCGUUGAAGCCUUCAAAAUACCGUUAAAACCAUACAGUGAACUUUCUUCACUGGCUUCUUCUCAUGCCUAAUUAUGUUGUUCCUCGUUGCUAUAUCUCAAGAUCUUUAAUUGGUUUAGCAAGAUUCUUCAGAGUAGCUAGCCCCACUUGCUAUUCAAUUCUAUCUGAGCACCUAAAGAACCAACGAAUUGAUGAAGCUAAAGAGCUUUUUGAAAGAAUCCCAUCUCCAAAUAUCUAUUUAUGCACCAAAAUGAUAGCUGGGUAUGCUGAAAAUCUAAGGUUGAAUGAGGCACUGCAGCUAUUUGACAAAAUGCCUGUCAAAGAUACGGUUAUGUGGAACUUGAUGAUUAAAGGGUGUGUAGACUGUGGGAAUAUGGACAUGGGUUUGAAGCUAUUUGAGGAAAUGACCCAAAGAAAUGUAAUUUCUUACACAACAAUGAUAAGCGGGUUUUUGAAGUUUGGAAAGGUUAAAGAGGCUGAGAGUUUGUUUUCGGAGAUGCCACAAAGGGAUGUGGCUGCUUGGAAUGCUAUGAUCUAUGGGUAUUUUGAGAACGGAAGAGUUGAGGAGGCUGUUAAGUUGUUUGAGCUGAUGCCUUAUAGGAAUGUGAUUUCGUGGACGUCGGUUAUUAGUGGGCUUGAUCAAUAUGGGAGGAGUGAUGAGGCUCUGUUGAUUUUUAAGAAGAUGCUAGAUUUCUUCAUUGAGCCUACUUCUAGUACUUUUGCUUCUGUUAUUACAGCUUGUGCUAAUGCAAGGGAUUUAGGUCUAGGUAGUGAAAUUCAUGCCUGUGUUGUGAAGCUUGGUUAUCUAUAUGAUACUUAUGUCACUGCUUCACUAAUCACAUUGUAUGCUAAUUGUAUGCACAUGGAUGAUUCUUCUAAAGUAUUCAGUGAGAGGUUGCAUAUAAAUAUAGUUGUAUGGACGUCUCUUUUGACAGGGUAUGGUUUGAAUUAUAAGCACAAAGAAGCAUUGAAAGUGUUUGGGGACAUGAUUAGGAUUGGUCUACUUCCGAAUCAGUCUUCCUUCACUAGUGCCCUAAAUUCAUCCUGUGAAAUGGAGUCUAUUGAUCUUGGCAAAGAGAUUCAUGGUGUAGCAGUCAAACUCGGAUUGAACACUGAUUCGUUUGUUGGCAAUUCGCUAGUUGUAUUGUAUUCAAAAUGUGGAAAUAUAAACGAUGGACUCAUUGCAUUCAAGGAGAUUCCUGAAAAAAACAUAGUUUCAUGGAACUCAAUUAUCGUGGGAUGUGCACAACAUGGAUUUGGUAAUUGGGCACUCACAUUGUUCGCCCAGAUGGUUCGUUCAAGGGCUGAUAUGGAUGAUAUUACAUUUACUGGGUUACUUGCUGCUUGUAGCCAUUCUGGCAUGCUAGAGAAAGGAAGACGCUUAUUUCAAUAUAUCCCCCAAAGCUCAUCCAUUGAAGUGACACUUGAGCAUUAUAGUUGUAUGGUAGAUAUCCUUUGCAGAAGCGGAAAGCUAAAUGAAGCAGAGGAUUUGGUGAAAAGCAUGCCCAUGAGACCAAAUUUGUCAAUAUGGUUAGCUUUGCUUAGUGGUUGUAAGAAGCAUUUAAACUUAGAACUGGCCGAAAGAGCUGCAGAAAACGUUUUUCAUCUUGACCCAAACUGUAGUGCUGCUUAUGUUUUGCUAUCUAACAUUUAUGCCUUCUCUGGUAGAUGGAAUGAUGUAGCAAGAGUUAGAGGAAAUAUGAGAAGAAGAGGAAACACAAAACAACCAGGAUGCAGUUGGGUUAAUCAGAAGGGAAUCCGGCAUACAUUUCUUUCUGGUGAUACUUCACAUCCUCUAAGUGAUGGGAUAUACGAAAAGCUGGAAUGGUUGAUGGAAAAGUUGAAGGAAUAUGGUUAUGUCCCUGAUCAAAGAUAUGCAUUGCAUGAUGUAGAGGAUGAACAGAAGGAAGUUCUGUUGUCAUAUCAUAGUGAGAGGCUGGCUAUUUGCUUUGCAUUAAUUACAACUCAUGGUAGUGCUAUAACAGUAAUGAAGAACCUGCGUGUCUGUGGGGACUGUCAUUCUGCCAUCAAGCUCAUAGCGAAAAUUGUUGAUCGUGAAAUCAUAGUAAGAGAUUCUAGCCGCUUUCAUCACUUCAGGGAUGGCUUUUGUUCUUGUUCAGAUUAUUGGUAGCAUUAUCCUUUUGAUAAUCACUGUGGAAAUGGUUAGCGGAGU